AGUUUCCAUAUGGGCAACACGCCUCCUUUGCCCUCCUUUCCGAUUUCUUCUGAAAGAAUGUGGAGACAUCUCAACAAACUGUUCUUUUGGGGCAUUUUUUCUUCUCUGAUGUUACAAGAAGCCUCCCUGGAUUGUGACACCAGAAGAACAAACAAAUUCCAUUCUCCAAGUUUGGACUCAGAAACAAAAGUGGUCACGAGGGGUCAAAAUGUAUCCCUUACCUGUUCCAACCAGAACGGGUCACUACAGAUCACCUAUUUUUUGUUUCGGCGUGAAAAACACCUGAGAACCCAUGCUGGAAAAGGUGAACCCAUGAUUUUUAACCUGAGCAUCUCAGAAGCCCAUGAGCUGGGCCCUUACAAAUGCAAAGCCCAAGUUUCUAACUGUUCAAUGGUCAAAUACAGUCGCGAGUUCAACUUCACAUUUGUGGACCCAGUGAUCACACCAGUGUUGAACAUUCGUGUCGUUAACACAGAAACAGACCAACAUUUAAUACUACGUUGUAUCUCAUUCAAUGGCUCUUUGCCCAUCAGUUAUACUUUCUUUGAGAAAGAUAUUGCCAUAUCACCACCUAUAUCCAAGCAUGUAAGGGAGCCUGCUGAAUUUAACAUAACCAAGAACAGUGCUGGAGAAAGGGAAGAAUAUAGAUGCAAAGCUAAAAACGAGUUGCCUGACCACGAAAGAUACAGUCAGCCAGUCUCCAUCAAUCCCCCACCAGGUGGAGAGAGCUGUCCUUUCUGCCUGCAGCUACUGCUUCUGGGGUUAUUGCUGGUGCUAAUUGUAAUAAUCUCAAUUCUGGCAUUUUGGAUACUACCAAAGUACAAAGCAAGAAAAGCUAUGAGAGAUAAGACACCUGGAGACUAUAGAUAUACGGCCACGGAAGUUGGAAUAUAUGCAAAUUUCUGUGAAAAUCAAGCAGGUAAGGAAUCUGUGCCAGGCUUGGAACCAAGGCAGUGUGUCCCCACAGCCCAAGAUGGAACCCAACACUCCCAGGAGAUACAAUAUGCUACCCCUGUGUUCCAGAAGAGGGCACCAGGAGUUCAUGAAGCCCGUAAUGAUUGUAAAACUGGAUGUAUCUAUUCUGAACUCAUCUUCUGAAAUUUAAAGAUAUAAGGUACAUCUCAGACGACCUUGCUAAACUCUCUCUUCAACUUUAAUAAUUUAUCUGAAGAUUUUCUUACAAUCCGGAGACCAGAGGGCUACCCCUGCUACUGUUACCAUUGUCGCCUCUGCCACCAGAACCUCAGGCUCAACAGACACAGAACGUGGAACUCUGCCAUGGAAGACACCUGCUUUUCAGCGACCAUCAACACCUCCCUUUUACUUUCCAGAUCCUGUGCAUGCGUAUCUAACUGGAAGAUAUUCACCACCAUACAUUCCCCAGCAAUAAGGGAAUUGUAAUGUUUUUAGGUUUCCAACCCCACCAUAUAGGACAGAGGGUUAUGAUGAGGUUUAAGAGAGCCACUCAAAAUAUCUUCUACAUGAGCCAAAAUUUCAGUUGAGAGUGAGGGUGAAAUAAAAACAUUUUAGGA